AUGCUUAGCUUCAAAAUUUGGCCCUUGGUGCUCGCUCUUUACUCAUUUAUUGUUGAUAGAAAUCAUGUUGUUCUUUCAGUAACACAUGUACUGAGUAGUGAAAAGCGAAAUUUGAAUACAGUUGUCGGUGGCUAUGUUGGUUGUUUGAUUUCUGAUGUUUGUAUGCCCUCGGAAACCUGUCAAGAUGAUAAUUUGUUCGGGAAGUGUGUUGAGGGGAAUUUUGACGGAAGUACUUACAAGCUCAGUUACGCAGAAAGAAGCCUGCUUAAUAACAUCGGGACAGACUUUCUUCGGAUUGGACUGGAUUUUUCAGAUUUAUAUGUUCAAUGUGUAUUUCGUGGUUUAAUUUUGAAGUUCAGGCUUCAGGAUGAACGUAUGGACAUCGUGAAACUUUGUGGGGAAAUGCCCAUCGAGGUCAUUGACAACUAUAAAGUAGAGUACACUGCUGAUGAUUCUGAGAAGUUGGAUGCAUUAGGCGCCGAAGGAUCGAUGCCAGCAAAAAAGUUCAUCGGACGACUUAAAAGUUUUGAUUUUAAAGAGAUUCCUGAGGAAGAGGCUUUCGGUGAGGGCUUAGAAUUUCAGAAGGGUGUGAUUCGGAGAUUUCCAGAUAGACCGAUGAGGACGUGGGCAUUUGGCGGAGAUCCUUCUUUAUCGACAAAAUACUUUCAUGAUUUUGUCCGCAAAUUUGUCAAUGAUGAAACCUCAAAGAAUCACGAACAUAAACUACUUGAGGAUGAGAAGAUGGUAGUGAAGCGAUUCAACCGCGAUAAAGUUUUGAAAUUUGGCACAGCCGAAUUCGAUCGUCGUACGAAGAACACAAUAUGGUUGCGUCUAUUAAAACCGGUGAAUUAUAUUGAAGCAGACAACAUUCUUCAAGAGCUUUCUGAAAACAUGCACAUCCGCCCUCCAAUUGCGCAAUUUCAACUCGAUAAGACUGGUCACGUACUCCUCUUCUUUGUGCCCUUCGAGACGGGACUAGUGGCGAGUGAUGUGCUCAACAUGAUGCGUCAAAAUGCGCAAUGGAUGAAGCAAAAUAAGGUGUUCCAGUACGGAAUCGGAAUGCCCGUCCUUACUGAACCGAUAGCAGCUCCACACACGGUGGGGAAAAUUGAGCACCUCCCGGAGACAGGUGAUUAUGCAAUGGGUGGGAUGGGUCGGCGGCAGAGUAAUGGGAACACGGGUGUUGGAGGGCACCUCUCGCGGGUUGGUUUCGUCGCCGUGGUGGUGGUUUGCUCGCUGGCAGUACUAGUGGCGUUGCUGCUAGUUGCGCACAUCCUUGUGCGUCGGCGUGAUCGCCUCAACGACUACCUAGCAGGGCCUAUGUGCAAGGGCCCCCGCAAGCCCUCGGAGCGGCCUCUUGUCCCACCCGCCUCCCCCUCUGCCUCCAUCGCCGCCAGUGCCGGUCGCAAUGACUCACUGGAGAAGCAGCAUCAAGAAACUCUCUCUUCCUGCUCCACAACUUCUCCUCCACCCUACCAGGAGACUCCUGAACAAGGCGAAAAACAGGGUAUAUUUCGACGACAAAUAGUAAGCACAGGAGGCUCUGAGGCCUCCACCGAAUCCAUGGCCAGUGCCCCCAGUCAUCGCACCACCCAAUUGAGUAGCAACUUGUCUUGGAGCAAUGAGCCAGUUCAAAUGACCCUCGAUAUCACUACAGGACAUCUAAUUUUGUCCUACAUGGAGGAGCACUUGCGAAACCGUGAUCGUUUAGACGCCGACUGGGAGGAGGUAAACACCUACGAAAGUGAGGAGGCGGUGCCGUGCGAAUCAGCCAAGAGACCGGAAAACGCCCACAAAAAUCGCGAAGGAUGCCCCAUUCCCUAUGAGCAAACGCGGGUGAUGCUCUCGUGUCGUGGCAACGGUUACAUCAACGCGAGUUUAAUGUACGACCAUGACCCACGGAAUCCCUCGUACAUUGCGGCAGAAACGCCGUUGCUAAGCACGGUGGGCGACUUCUGGCAGAUGGUGUGGGAGCAGUUUGCUGUGCUUAUCGUCUGUCUCGAGCCCGAGUCUGCACUCACCCAGGUCAUUGAGGACCUCUUCAAUAUCACCGGACAGGGCGAUGACGAUGUCACCUCUCAGGCUCGCUACUGGCCUCCGGAGGGCUCCAUGAUCUUUGGCAAAUUCGAACGUUUCGUACUUAUGUCGGAUGAAGGAGUCGAGCGAAGUCUAAAACAACCACCGUCAGACAUAAUUAUUAGCACUUUGUCAGAAGCUGAAACGACAAUUCAAGACGUUCUGUCUGGCUUUUUUGGGUCUGGAAGGAAGACCGGUCUUCAUAGCCCCGUUUUUCUCACUGUUCUGGUACGACUGGUCUCGGAGCACAGACAAUGCAGCGACUACAUAACCCGAUCCUUCUACCUAAAGGAGCGCGACUCAGGUGAGACACGCACGGUGACGCAGUUCCACUUCCUCAGUUGGCCUGAGGACACGCCCUCCUGCGAGUUGAAGACUUUGCUCGAAUUUAGAAGAAAGGUGAAUAAGUCAUUUCGAGCGAAAAACAGCCCUGUGGUAGUUCACUGCAGGGACGGUUCGAGCAAGACUGGGACCUAUCUGUUGUUGGAUCUGGUUCUCAGUCGGAUCAGUAAAGGUGUCAAGGAGCUGGACGUAGCAGCAUCUCUCGAGCAUCUUCGGGAUCAGCGACAAGGCAUGAUCAAAUCAAAGGCCCAAUUUGAGCUUGUUCUCGCCGCAAUCGCUGAGGAGGUAAACAUGAUGCUGAGCUCCGCCGCCUCCUGA